UUUUAGGUGUUCGCUUGUCCCCUUCAACCGCGAAUUAAACCCCUCUAUUUUUCUCUCUCUCAUAUCAAAACCACAACUUCUUCUCUCACUCUUCUCUCUUUACACACACAUUUCCCUCACUAUACUCUCUUACUUUAAUUUCUUCACCUCAUUUUUGCCUUAACAGAAAACAAAAAUAAAUAAAUAAGAAGGCAAAUUUUAAACCAUGGAAGCACCAGAAUUCUACAACCAGUCUGGGUUUUGCUCGCAAUUUGCAAAUGAAAAGCAUCAUUCUUUGGAUUCUAAGCCCAGUUGUGGAGGAGGAGGUGGUGGUGGUGGUGGUGGUGGUGGUGACCAUUUCAUCGUCGAGGACCUUUUGGACUUCUCCAAUGAGGAUGCCGUUAUCACCGACGGUGACGCUUUCGAUACCCUUGCUGGAAACUCCGCGGACUCUUCCACCGUUACUGCGAUUGAUAGCUGCAAUUCCUCGUCUUUCUCGGGAUGUGAGCCUUGCUUUAAUGGAGAUAUUGGGUCCCGCAAUUUUGCUGACGUUCAAUUCUCCAGCGACCUUAGUGUCCCGUAUGAUGAUUUAGCUGAGCUUGAAUGGCUGUCCAAUUUCGUGGAGGAAUCCUUCUCCAGCGAGGACUUGCAAAAGCUCCAGCUGAUAUCAGGCAUGAAAGCUCCACCCCGAGAAUCAUCAGAGACCCGAAAUUUCCAUCCCAACUGCAAUGGUGACGAGAGCAACAACGCUGCAGCCACAAAUAACAACAGCCCAAUUUUCCGCCCUGAAAUGUCCGUCCCAGCUAAAGCUCGUAGCAAGCGCUCUCGAGCUGCCCCAUGCAAUUGGGCCUCUCGCCUCCUCGUCCUCUCUCCUACCACCUCAUCAUCGGACUCUGAAAUCGUCGUUUCCCCAACCCACCAUCCUAAUUCCGGGAAAAAGACAGUAAAAAUUCCGGCACCAAAGCGAAGAGAAGGUGAAGAUGGGGGAGCUGGGAAUGGCGAUGGGCGUAAAUGCCUGCAUUGCGCCACCGACAAGACACCGCAGUGGCGGACCGGACCAAUGGGUCCAAAGACGCUGUGCAACGCUUGCGGAGUGAGGUAUAAAUCGGGCAGGUUGGUGCCUGAAUAUCGGCCAGCGGCGAGCCCAACGUUUGUGCUGACUAAACACUCAAACUCACACCGGAAGGUGCUGGAGCUUCGGCGUAAGAAGGAGUUGCUAAGGGCCCAGCAGCAACAACAGCAGCAAUUUCUCCAUCACCAUCAGAACAUGGUUUUUGAUGUAUCCAGUGGGGAUGAUUACUUGAUUCAUCAACACAUGGGGCCCGAUUUCAGGCAGCUGAUCUAGUAACGUAGAGAAAGGGCCGAUUCAGGUUCAUGUGGGAUCUACUGAUGAUUUAGCAGCGAAAUUCGUUAGUGAAUUUCGUUAAUUCUUCUAAUUUUGCCUAACUUCCGUGGAUUUUCUUAAACUCUUUCUCAUUAUUAUUAUCAUUAUUAUUGUU